AUGUUAUGAAUUACAUGACUUCUGAACUGACCAAAGGAUUUGGACAGAUUGUUCUCCGGGACUACAUGUUCGGUGGCACAUAAGGAUGUCUGUAAGCCCAGGAGGCCCCUCUACCCUUGUGCACAGCCUCGCCACGUUGCUAAGGAACAACGGUGACUCUGUGUUGGAUGGUACGAGUACUCUAACUCUCCAGGUGAGUUACCUGCAGCACCUGACCCAGCUCUUCGAACAGCACCUGCUCUCGCGGACUCACCAGCACGGAUUCCUGGCCCUCCCCUCCCACCCGGCCGACACCACCUCACUCCUGCAAGUCCAGUUCCUCUUCGACAUACUGCAGAAGGCCAUCUCUGUGAAGCUUAUAAACCCACCUGGCUCCAGGCUUCAGUCUGUGGUGACAAUCUUCCCCUUCAAAUCUCUCAAGCGUUUAGAGCUAAAGCGUAUUCCUCCUCACUGUCUGGAGGGUUUGCGGGGUGUCUACUCCCAACUGGAGGUCUUCACAUGUUCCAGAAGUCUCACUUCACUGGAGGAGCUGCUCUCUAUGUGCGGAGGAGAUCUGAGCUCCGCUCUGCCUUGGUUGGAGCUCCACACCCUGAACUUCAGCUACAACUCCAUCAGCUGCCUGGACGAGUCUCUGAGCUUGCUGAACGUGCUGAGGUCGCUCGAUCUGAGUCACAAUAAGAUUCAGGACUGCGCUGAGUUUCUAAAGUGCCUGAGUGAACUGGAGCAUCUGAACCUUUCCUACAAUAACCUGCAGAGGGCGCCAGAGUUAGGCCUAAGUGCCAGAGGCAAACUGGUCACCCUGAUCCUUAGAAAUAACGAACUGGAGACCAUUAAUGGGGUGGAGCAGUUAGCCUCUCUCCGGCACCUGGACUUGGCCUAUAACCUCCUGAUGGAGCACUCUCAGCUGUCUCCUCUCUCCAUCCUGCACAGCCUCAACACGCUGGUCCUGGAGGGAAACCCCCUUUACUUCCAGAAAACUCACCGAACCUCCACUGUGUGCCAUCUCUCCCGAAAAGCCGCCUUCCAACGGCUCCGACUGGAUGGCGUUCCCUUGACCGCGGCUGACCUGUCGGUCCUGCCUAAACCCGGGCAGAGAAAUGGUCAGCUGACUCAGACCGUGUACCCAGUCCCCGCUGUGCCAGAGCCCGGGGUCGAGGACGUCUCCAGCGGGGGAGGGGAGUUCACUGACAGUGUGUCCGUCAGCGAAGCAGGACUCGCCCGCAACCGGAAGAAGAAGUCCAGGUCCAAGGUGAGGGUAAGGAGAGCCAGUAUCUCCGAGCCCAGCGACACAGACUACGAUUCCAGAGGCCAGGCCAGUCAUGCAGAAAUUGUGCUGCACCACCAGAAGGACAUUGAGCGGAUGGACAGCUUCCGGGAGAAGCUGGGUGAGGACUGGCUUCGUUAUCAGCAUCACCUGGACGGCCCGCAGACGGAGAAGGCGACGGCACAGGUCCUCGUAAACAGCCACGGAACGCCGUCUCCGCCCCCCCCGGCCAAACCCGACUCUCAGCCCCCACCGCCGGAGUCCCUGCCCCCGCCUCUGCUCGCCUCCGAACCCAAGAGGAAGGGCGGGGAGGAAGAGGAGGAAAAGGACGAAGAGGAGGGUUCGGACCCCGAGCCUGAGACGGAGUCGACCCUGCAGUGGACCGGCCACAGUCCUCCAAACACGGAGUCCACGCUGGAGACCAGCCUGGCCGAGCCACAACCCCCGGACGGAGAACACGCCAAUCACAGUCCACACGAGGAACCGGAGGAGGAACUGGGAGUGGACCUGUGUCUGCCCCUGCUGGUGGGGGUGCUCUCUGACGAUGAGGAGCAGAGUGAGAGGAAGGCCUCACAGCCGUUCUUCCUGAGGGUCAAACAGGGUCACCUGCUGGAGGUCGACAUGCAUCAGGGUCGCGUGAGGACACGGCUGGAGCUGGACAGUCUCCGAGAGGUCGCAGCCACCCAGGUCACGUGGACAGAGAAGGGAGAGGAGAAGCUUCUCCCAGGCCUAGAGCUCCACUUUCGCUACAUCAAUCGGGAGAAGUGUAGGCGCUGUUACGCCAUGUUGGACGAUGAUCCCCAGCAGGCUGUGGAGACGUUGACGGACAUCCUGUCACACGUGGCGGAGGAGAACGAGCGACAGAUAGCGAAUGAGAAGCCGCGGAGCGUCCGGCUGCAGUGCCUGAAAUGCCGUGAGGAAUUCUUCCAACGAGAACCCACGGAGACCGGCAGAACCGCCCUCUCCGAACCGGACGAUUCGCUUCUGCCUCUGCGGCUCGGAACGAGGGAAGGACAAGAGGGGGGAGUGGAGGAGAGAGAGGACAGAGGGAACGGUGAAGAAAAUACCGUAAUAUGCUCAAAGUGCGGGAGUGAUCAUGUGGUCCAGCUGGCUGGCCAAUCAGCACCCUCCACCAGUACUCCUGUCCCACCCCAGGCAGGGCAGACAGGUGACACCCAGCGCUUUACCUUUGACGAGACAGAGACCCCAGUGCAACCUCACCAAAACAUACUGGACGACCCGUCUGUGGUCCAGGAAAGCCCGCUCCGGAUGACCGGGGUCAACGAGUCCUCCACUGCGGACGGGGAGCCCACCGACGCGUUCCAUACAGCCACCAGUAACCUCUCCGUCACCGGGGACAGCGAGGGCCGUGACACCCCCGACCACAUCCCUUCCCAACCAAUCACAAAGCUCAGCUUCCACACGCCAGAUAAUCACGAUCGCUCCGCGGAGAGCAGGGAAGAGGAACUGGCCGGAAGUUACUGCUACACUGGUCCCCAGAACCCCCUGCCUUUCCCCCUCCCCGAUGAAGGAUCCGACUCCGGUCAGUUUGACUUGCUCUGUGAAGAGGCGGAGACUGUGGAUCAUCGACUCAAGCUCUUCCUGGACGUGGAGGUCUUUGAGGGAGAGGAAGAGCUACGGUGCUUCCUCAAGAUGUCCACGGUGAAGUUUGGCAAUCCGGUGGAAUUCCCCUCUCUCAUGGUGGUGACAGACCAGAGCAUCUACAUCCUGGAGAUCACUUCCCAAUCUGAAGGGCAGCCUUCUGAUUGGCUGCAGAAGCGUGUCAGUCAUCGUGUGAAGGAGCUGAGUUACCUGGAGGUGGGACUAGGCUCUCAGAGUGUACAUAUGGAGUUUGAUGAGGGGGGGGCUGCGUACACACUGCUGGUGCGUGACGACGCCCGCUGCACACGCUUCUUCGGCCGUCUCACAGCUAUCGUCAGGGAGUUGGCCCAUAAGUCAGACAGCAAACUCAAGUCCAUCUCUACCACACGCCUCACCCCCCAGCAUCGCCUAUGGCCCCUGGUGUGCGAGGAAAGCCAAGCUAGCGAGGAGGAAGACUGCUCUCCCGCGUUUUUCUACCUGUUAGCCUUCCUCUGUCAAGAUGGUGCCUGGAGUUCUGUGACUGUUCUGGUCACUCGUGAAACUCUUUAUCUACUCGACGAAGACCACCAGUGGAGCAAAAGCCGCCCUGAGCCGACGGCCAAUGAAGACGGACAAACCUGUGUUGGGCGGGUCACAAUCAGGGAAACUCAGCCAAUCAGCUGUGUGAGCUCCAUUGGUCUGACUUCAUCUGACCCAUGCAGGGUAGACAUAAAACUUUACGAUGAGAUGGCUAAGGAGGAGCGGACAUGGGCUUUGCAGGCAGAAAAUGGGAAGCUGGUACAGGGUUUGGUGGACUGGGUGAAAAGCCAAUGGGAGGCCAUGUUUGGGGUCAAACUAACGACCAGCGUCCAAUGACAUCUGACCUGCUCCGCCCACCUGCAUCUCUCAGACUCUCUCUC